AUGAUUGCCGAGCCCGCGCCGGAGAUCAAGGUCGUGGAGUAUGAGUACUCUGAGACUCAGCUGGAAGACUGCCUCAAGACCCUCGCCCGAGAUGGGGGAGUCAUUCUUCGAAACGUCCUGCCAAAAGACGUGCUUGACCAAAUCGAGCGAGAUCUGAGACCGUCUUUUGACGCCGACGUGCCUUAUGCCAACGAGAGGUCCUUCCCCAAGGAGACGCGACGUGCCAAUGGUCUGAUCGCAAAGUCGGAAACGUUUGUCAAACACAUUGUCGCCAACAAGCUGUACCAAGAUAUCUGCACAGAGUACCUGACCAAUGUACACAAAUCUUGGUGGGGCGAUGCUGAGCUCACCUCGAAGUCACUACCCAUUCUUGACGCGACGACUUGUUUCUCUGUCGGCCCGGGUGCGAAAGACCAACCUCUUCACCGGGACUGCAUGAUUCAUCACAACGUUCUUCCAGAGAUCACCGUGGCCGAAUACAAGCCUGGCCGCGACCAUACAAUCGACUUUUUCAUUGCUGGAACCAAGACGACCAAGGCGAAUGGUGCUACGAGGUUUGUCCCUCGGUCGCAUUUGUGGGGCAUGGAGCGAAGGCCAUGUCCGGAAGAAGCCGUCUACGCCGAGUUGAACUUGGGUGAUGGGUUCAUCAUGCUGGGUAGUUGCUUUCACGGGGGAAGUGCCAACACUACCGCCGACGAAGAACGUCUUGUUUAUGGUGCUUUCAUGACCAAGGGGAUCAAUCGCACAGAGGAAAAUCAAUUCCUAGCCAACAAACUCGAACACAUCAAACGGUAUGAUGCUGAGAUUCAACGCCUGGCCGGAUUUGGGUUGAGCCAUCCGAGUCUAGGAUGGGUGGAUUUCAAGAAUCCCAAGUUCCUGAUCACGGACGAUCCUGCAAAGUAUCCCCCAGGAUACAUGGAAGAUGCCUACCUUACCGAGGUUGUAGACCACGGGGAGCAGAUACGUCAUGCAUGA